CUUCUCAAACUCUCUUUAUUUUUUCAAUCUCCAAAGGGUUUUGUGUGUCAUGGCUCCUGUUUCAUUGCCUCCCGGCUUCCGAUUCCACCCGACCGACGAAGAACUCGUUGCGUACUAUCUCAAACGCAAGAUCAAUGGUCGGGAGAUCGAGCUCGAGGUCAUCGCUGAAGUCGAUCUUUACAAAUGUGAGCCGUGGGAUUUACCAGGGAAGUCGUUGCUUCCGAGCAAGGAUCUCGAAUGGUACUUCUUUAGCCCUCGAGAUAGAAAGUAUCCAAACGGGUCAAGAACUAAUCGAGCAACCAAAGCUGGAUAUUGGAAAGCUACAGGCAAAGAUAGGAAAGUGAAUUCCGAGUCGAGAGCUGUGGGGAUGAAGAAAACCCUAGUUUACUAUCGUGGUCGAGCCCCGCACGGCGCUCGUACUAAUUGGGUCAUGCAUGAAUAUCGUCUAGAUGACCGAGAAAUCGAAGUUGCUUGUUCUGGCUUGCAGGAUGCAUAUGCACUUUGUCGUGUGUUCAAGAAAAACACGAUAAUAGCACCGAAAAUAGAACAUAAUCAUCCGUAUUGCAACAUUACCUCAUCUUCAAACCAGUUCAUUAAUAGUGCCCAAUCUUCCGAACUUUACUCGGAAGGAAGAUGUGAAGAACCCGAGAGUUCUUGGUCUCAAUUCUUAUCUCAAGAAGCCUUUAAUUCAGCCACUUUAUUCCCAAGUUAUGCAAAUAUUCCAUACCCUCCUUCCAAGGUGGACAUAGCUUUAGAAUGUGCAAGGUUACAACACCGUUUCACUUUGCCACCAUUGGAGGUGGAGGACUUCCCUCACCCCGGCUACUCCGAUCACUUCAAGACGUCGAUCCCGACGAAUCCCACCAUGCUCGACGGCGGCUCGAGCGAGGCGUCGGCCAACCAAUCUUGGGAUGGAGGGAUUGGCAAUGCUUAUGCUUGUUCUAAGGAGGACUUCACUUUCAUGGAUAGCAAAGAUGGGUUUGAAGAUUGGAAUUCUAUAGCAAGAUUUGAUGUGGAGAGCUUUUGGGAGGAUCCAUAUUCUAAGUGUAUAGACGUUGGCAAUGUCGGAGACGAGAAUUUGAGAUGGGUCGGAAUUUCUAACAAAGAUCUCGACAAGAAUUGCAUGGAAGAUUCAAAGCUAAUUCCCAUACACAACAUUUCAAACUUCCAAAUUGAAGAUCAUCAAAACCACCUUCAAGAUCAACCCAUGAAUCCCGACAACUACGUCGUGGAAGGAUCGGGCACGUCGGCGAACCAUUUGAGGUCCCAAAGUUUGGAGGUGGUGGAAGAAAUGAAAGUAAACCAUGGGCUAUUGAUGUCAACAAGACAAGCAGCUGAGACGUUGUUCCACCAAACAAUGCCUUCAGAGACGGUUAAAGUCCAAAGCUUGAGGUGUUUGGUGGCGCCAAAUUUGAGUAGCCGCCAUGAAAGGACAGCUCAAAAGACAGGCAGCAGAUUGUUGUUAAGUGGGUCGUGUCUGAAAAAGACAUGGAGUAAGUUAACAAGGAAAAUGGGUUCAGUUGUUGAGGUUGUGUUGAAUGAAGAUGAAGAACACAGAUCAAAGAAGGGAGAAGCUUUGAACAUGAUUUUGAAGAACACAUUGAUUUUCUUUAGCAUUGCUUCAUUGGCUGUUUGUUCCAUUUGUUUGGCCAAAUUAUACUAAUAAUAUUAAUU